UGUCCCAUCACUGGUGUCAGUUGGAGGAAUAGUGCCCCAUCAUUGGUGUCAGUGGGAGGAAUAGUGCCCCAUCAUUGGUGUCAGUGGGAAGAAUCGUGCCCCAUCAUUGGGUGUCAGUGGGAAGAAACGUGCCCCAUCAUUGGUGUCAGUGGGAGGAAUAGUACUCCAUCAUUGGUGUCAGUGGGAAGAAUAGUGCCCCUUCAUUGGUGUCAGUGGGAAGAA